AUGGCAGCAGCAUCGGAGGAGUGGAUGGCUGAGGAAGGAGGUGGUGGCCACGGCGACUGCGGCUCCCCUUCCGCCAUCGGCUCUACCCAGCGACUGCCCCCACCGCUCCCGCCCCAGCCCCUGAAGCCGGGGUCCCAGGCACCCCCAGCCUCGGCGCUGGCUCCAGACCGGCUGCCUCAAAACAACAUGUUCAUGGCGCUGCCCAUCCUAGCCAUCGAAAACAUCCCCAGCUUUAUGUCCCAGGACGAAAUUAGCCAGCUCCACCUGGUUUGUAAAAGAAUGGACUUGGUCUGCCAGAGAAUGUUGAAUCAGGGAUUUCUAAAAGUGGAGGGGUACCAUAAUCCAUGUCAGAAACAAGUUAAAGCACAGCUCCCAAGGAAAGAGUCAGAAAGGAGAAACCGUUCAUUAGCUCCUCAUGCAGACAUAAUCGCUGCUGUUGAAACAAGGCUGUCUCUCUUAAAUAUGACUUUCAUGAAGUAUGUGGACUCCAAUCUCUGUUGCUUCAUCCCAGGAAAGGUGAUUGAUGAGAUUUAUCAUGUGUUGAGAUAUGUCCAUUCUACCAGAGCCCCUCAGCGAGCUCAUGAAGUACUUCAAGAGUUAAGGGAUACUUCCUCCAUGGCAACAGAAUACUUUGAUGAAAAGAUUAUUCCAUUUCUAAAGAGGAAAUUACCAGGAUCAGAUGUGUCUGGAAGGCUCAUGGGCUCUCCUCCAGUUCCAGGACCUUCUGCAGCCCGGACAGCAAUGCAACUCUUCUCCAAGCAAAACCCUUCAAGACAAGAGGUUACCAAACUCCAGCAGCAGAUUAAGACAAAUGGUGCUGGGGUGACUGUUCUCAGGCGUGAAAUUUCUGAGCUUCGCACCAAAGAGCUAGAACGGCAGAAACAGCUUCAAGACCAGGACCAGAAACUGCUAGAGCAGACCCAGAUUGUAGGUGAACAGAACGCACAGUUGGCAGAGCUGGAACGCAAACUGCGAGAAGUAAUGGAAAGUGCAGUAGGAGACUCCUCAGGGUCUGGGCAGAAUGAAGAGUCUCCUUGGAAAUGA